AGUAUAGUCAUCCCCAUCAAUCGUCGAGGCAACAAGCAAGCAUAUCUGUUCUUCUUAUUCCAAGAUGAGGUUCGCUCUAGUUUUCGUGUUCGCUUUCGUGGUCGUCUCUCACUGUCAGCAAUUGCAGAAGACGAGAUUGAUGCCUUGGAUGACGUCCUACUCGUCCUUCGUCAACAAAUACCAACCGCUCUAUUACGACUCGGACGUUGUCCGUCACGACGUCCCUUUCUUCCGCUUCUCAAGACCCAUCCGGCCAACACCUUCGUUCCUCUACUCGUUGCAGAACGGAGACUUGUCAGAAGGCAGUCGAGAGAACGCCGUCGAGACGAGCGAUGAAUAUCAAGACACUAUGGGAAGAAUCAAUGCUGGCUUCAACGACGCUCAAGGGCGAUUCUUUUACGGCACCACGCUCAACAAUCCUUUCUAUAAAACGGCCACGUUCACGGUUAGUUCCACCGUCACCACCGUCGGCUCCAUCGUCCGUUGCGUGCCGGCCAACAAUUUAGCGGCCAAUCCAGCACCAACUUGCAACGGACGCAGGAAACGUGAUAGCGAGGACCCAGAAGACCAGCAUCAGCAAUUCCCCAUCGCUCCGUCGGAAACACUCAAAUUGGCACCGACGGUCCUUUGGUCGUCGGAUAAUGGCCACCAGCAACUACCCACCGAGAACCCACACGAUUUGCUUAGCUCAAAAGAUGAAGGCAUUACAGCUGUUCAAGCACUGCCAUUUCAAGCAGAGGAUCAGCAGCAGCCAAAUAAUUAUAGGGAGAAGAGGUUGUUUGGCACCGGUAUAGCGGCCUCUACGACAUUGACUCUCUACUCUUUUGUCGGAGCAACUCUGACGAGCACCGUCAUCUUAGACCCGACAUCGAAAAAUGUAGCCGUCUGUUUGCCAGCCGGUUAUAUUGUCUGCGCUUAAUAUCUUAGCCUAUAUUUAAUUGGCUGCUGGCAAGAAACAUGUCAAGGUUUUUACACACAGCGAUCCGAAAAAUUCUGCAAGACAAUUACCAAGCUGUACGCCAGCAAGCUGAUUCUCUGUUAUUAAUUUGAAUUCCUGUUAUGCAAAUUUACUUGGGUGAUGGUCUCCUUGGUCCACAAAUGGAUUGAAUUUCUGCUUAAAUACAAGUUAUCCCAGCAU